AAAAAUCAGCCAAAAAAGGAAGGUGGAACUGCAGGAGCUGAUAAGGUCUGUUGGUGGGAAGAGUGCUCGCUGUGAUAGGAAGGAAAGUUGAAUAUGCGGUUAUCUACAACUGUCUCUGAACUCCACACAUAGAGCCCUCACAAUGCCCCCUGCACCAGCUGCUGAUCUAGGCUACACUCCUCCUGAUGGAGGUUGGGGCUGGGCUGUAGUGUUUGGAUCUUUCCUGUCCAUUGGCUUCUCAUACGCCUUCCCCAAAUCCCUCACCAUCUACUUCAAGGAAAUCCAGGAGUAUUUCUCCAUCUCCUACAGUGAGAUUGCAUGGGUCUCCUCCAUCAUGCUUGCUACCAUGUAUGCUGGAGGCCCGGUGAGCAGCAUACUUGUCAAUCGUUAUGGGAGCAGGCCAGUGGUCAUUAUUGGCGGCCUAAUGGCUGGGUUGUCCAUGAUUGCUGCUUCUUUUGGCACAACCAUCAUGCAUCUGUACAUAUGCGUAGGAGUCAUUGGAGGUCUUGGUCUUGCCUUUAACCUGCAGCCUGCCCUGACCAUUAUUGGGAAAUACUUUCUUGUGAAACGACCCAUAGCAAAUGGUUUGGCCAUGGCAGGAAGUCCAGUAUUUUUGUCCACUCUGGCUCCACUCAACCAGUUUCUGUUUGACAACUUUGGCUGGCGAGGAAGUUUCUUCAUCUUGGGAGCCAUACUGCUCAACUGCUGUGUGGCAGGAGCACUGAUGAGGCCUAUUAAGAUAAGAAAAAAGCCAGUGCAAAAUCAAAACAGUGCAGGAAAUGGAGCAGGAACAGAGAAGAGUGAUUCUCAGAAGGUUAGCUUAGGAAGUGAAAAGCAACAAACAAAGCAGAGAGGAUGUGCCUACUAUGUGAACAAAUUCAUCGACCUGUCACUCUUCAAGCACCGUGGUUACCUUAUAUACCUGGUAGGGAAUGUUGUGAUGUUCUUUGGGUUCUUUGCUCCAGUCGUGUUCUUGGCGCCCUAUGCCAAGCACCAGGGGAUUGAUGAAUAUUCUGCAGCCUUCCUGCUCUCUAUUUUUGCCCUGGUAGACAUGGUGGCUCGGCCAGCAACUGGCCUAGUGGCUAACACAAAAUGGAUCCGGCCCAGGAUUCAAUACUUCUUCAGCUUUUCUGUGGCAUAUAAUGGGGUGUGUCAUCUGGCAUGCCCCUUGUUGCCCGGGUAUACAGGUCUGGUGGUGUAUGCCAUCUUCUUUGGGCUGGCCUUUGGAAUGCUGUGUGCACUGCUUUUUGAGGUACUUAUGGAUUUGGUGGGAGCACAACGAUUCUCCAGUGCAGUUGGGCUUGCCACUAUUAUAGAAUGUGGCCCUGUUCUUCUUGGGCCCCCAAUUUCUGGUGCUUUGGUGGACAUCUUCAUGGACUAUAAAUACAUGUACUUUGCAUGUGGCAUGAUGAUGCUGGUCCCUGGACUUUUCCUCUUCAUUAUGAAUUUUUUUAACUACAGAUGGUUGGAGCAGGAACAGAACAGGCAGAAGCAGGAUGAUCUGCAGAUUGGAUCAGCCAAAGAACUUGCUGCUAUGGAAGAGGCAUCUGAUAUAGAGCAAGACAUCAAUCUCAGUCAGGAAGAUCAAUUGAUGGACUUAGCUAGCAGAGAAACAUAAUGCUAUGCACUUGGGUUUUAAAUGGAAAAUUCACAUAUCUAAACCCUUUAAGUUAUAUGCUACAUAGAAUUAGUAUUAUAUUUAUUUUUUUGUCAUGGACACUGCCCAAUCAACAUGCCCACAACAAUUGGGGUUAGUGCUAAGUUAGUACUUAAGUAUUAAGUACCUGGAGUUUUACAAUUUAAACUCUCCACUUAGUGUCAAAUCUUGCUCCAUGAGCCUGUCUUGCACAUUUCUGUCCGAGCUUCCAAUCAUAUUGACAUUGUGUUUGUUUUGUUGCUCGUAUCUAUUCACCCGGCCUUUUGAUAUUCUGUUGCAUUAAACCUUUUAAAUAAG